CAGUGUGCGUGCAUUUGUUUGUUGGUUCGUUCGCAUGGUUCGUCUGCAGGGUAGGUGUGCUUCCAAGAGCAUGGCAUGGCUGUUGUCACCAACGCUGAUGGAUCAUCGAUGUCUGCGGAGAACGAGCAGCGCGCUAGGGUGGGUCCCUAUGGCUUUGAGUGGCCAGAAGGUUUUGACCACGAGGUUCACGAAACGUUCUGGCGUGGUUAUCGGGCGGUGCUGGCGCGGCGCCUUCACAAGUGGGACCAGCUACUAUCUAACGCCAGGCCUGCUGCCUACCCUAACCUCCGUCACAGCAGUGCCAAGCUGAAGCGGUAUGUGAGGAAAGGUGUUCCCCGAGAGCACAGGAAACAGGUGUGGAUGGUCCUGUCGGGAGCAGCUGCAAUGCAGAUUGAGCAACGAGGCCUUUACCAGUCACUGCUGCAGCAGAGCCGCCGGCCAGACCUUGUCGAGACCAUCCAGAUCGAUGUACCUCGUACAUUUCCUGACAAUGUGUAUUUCCAAGGGGGUGGACAGCAGCAGAAGUCACUCUUCAACAUUCUGGUCGCAUACGCACACUUCAAUCAGGGCGUCGGCUACUGCCAGGGUCUGAACUUCAUAGCGGGUUUGUUGCUGCUGGCAACAGAGGACGAGGAGUCCAGCUUCUGGCUCCUGCGUGCCCUGCUUGAGCGGCUGCUGCCCGACUACUAUGGCCGGCACAUGACUGGCCUUCUCACAGACAUCGAGGUGCUCGCUGAGCUAAUCAGAGAGCGGAUCCCUCAGGUGCAUGCCCACCUGGCCAAGCACGAGGUGUCCUGGGCGAUCAUGACCACCAAGUGGUUUGUCUGCCUCUUCGCCGAAGUGCUGCCGAUUGAGACAGUGCUGAGGAUAUGGGACAGCCUCUUUCUGGAAGGGUCCAAGGUGCUCUUCCGGGUGGCCAUCACUCUGGUCGCCCAGGCCCAGGAGAAGAUCUUGGCCGCACGCGGCCUGGGUGAAAUUAUGGCCGCCUUCAAAGAAGCUGCCUCGGGGCCUCAAGUCACCGACUGCCAUGCUUUCCUCAAGGCCAUCUUUAAGGAGCCCAAGACACUAAAACGAUCGCACAUUGAGCAGCUGCGCACCUCCUGUCGAGAGCGGGUUAUAGCUGCACGAAGGUGACCCCCUUGCUGUUGGCCACAUUGAGGACUGUUGAGGACGUGUACGAAGGGGUCGAGGCGUGCAUAACCAAAUCACAAUCGUCAAGUUCCAGAUUGUAGUCUCCGCAGCUUGUUCCUGCUGUGAAGUUGUGGUGUGCAGCCAUUGCUUGCCUGGACAGCCACGUGAGCCUAGGCAGGUUGGCCACAUCACUCGAUUGCAGUCAUUCUGACAGCACUCAGAAAACAAGUGCUACAUUGUGUCGUGUCACCUAAAACUUUUGAUAUAGUGUUCAAGUGUUAUCUUGAAAGUCUCUAGCUGCUACACGCACACAUUGAAAAAUGCUCCGAUAGUGACAGUGUAGGCUGAUGUGGGCCUACCUGCAGCUGGUUUUUUGUGCGUCAGUGUGUUGAACCAGAUUGCUUGAUGUCGAGGAGCAUCACCACUGUGGCAUUGUCCUGAGAAUGCAGCUGAGAUGUUUCAUGAAAUGAGCAGAACGCACUAAGUGGGCUGCAUCACCUCCAUGCUCAGUUGGUGACCUGACAGUGACACCGCGAUGGCUAUCUGCCCGAUUCAUUCGCCCAUUUGGUUCCGCACGACUGGUUCAUCUUCGGUGUCAGUCAGCCAGCAGUCAUUUGACUGUUGUGGUCCUGGUGCUCUCUGUUCGCAACUCUCGCCACAUGUUGCGCAGACCCGUUUUUUCAAGCUGGAAACCUGCCAUACCAAAGAAGACUUGUAACUUGCAGGUAUCGGUGUGACAGCUCUUUGAUCGCCACAGGCCAUAGCUAUCAAAAAGCUGAAUUGCACUGCAGAGAGAAGUUGAUAAAAAUUGCUGGUGUGUUUUCUGUUGGUGUGCUUGUUAUGCUCGAAAUCAGGCCCUCGUGCAGUGUCAACUGCUACCCGCUUGGACUUGCUACUGCCAUCUGCAUCUUAUGCUUUCGACGUGCAGAUGCGGCUAGCUUAGACAUGUGUGACCACAUGGUUCAUUAUCUCUGUCAUUUAAGUGUCUGACUCCUGUUAGUGAGCUGAGCGAAGUUGUAGCAAAAGAUGCGAAGCGCUGUAAUGUAUUGUUAGUUCUUGAAGCGAGCCAUGCUAGGUGUUUUCUGUACUGCACCUAAUUUAACCUUGCCUGGCUCUAACUUGAUAAAGACGGUUUAUGCACUGCAAUGAAUUCAGUCGGUUUCUGCUCGGGGAAAAGCUGCAGCAUGUGCUUUCGGUGUUGCCAGAAGAGGCUUCCACCAAAUAAAGCUGAAGAUUUUCUCUUUGUGAGAGUAGCAGCAGUGCACGCAGACACACUGAAGAAUGAUAUUGCGGCCCCCUUCUUGCCCACUCUGCCAUCAGUUUCCUGAAAUACUCUUCAGACUUGUCACCCUUUGAUGUCUACUUUCUCCGUGCAUGCGCAUGACAAAGAAAUGGCAUUGCACAUCACAUGAGGACUUCUAGCACUUCCCUUCUUUUUUUUUUCCCACAUUGCAAUUUCUAAGCUUGUCUUUCAAGCUGAAUGUUGUGAUCCCAAUUGUUUUACGCUGUGGGGAAAUUCGCAGACAUGUGCAAAGGUGGCAGCUGACAUGACCGCCACGUGGACAUAUAGUUCUCCCAUAGUUUUGACCAAAGACCUGCUCAUGAAACCCUCUAGUGCGAUGUUCCUCUCUGCUGACUACAGCUUUUAAUGUGAUCCUUGGGUAUUGACCCCCCUUUCAAAGCUGUUUUGAACCGUUUGACUUUGUUAUAAGCUGCAUCUGUCAAAAUGCCAAUUUUUAUGUGUUUUUGGUUCUUCACUUUGUACCUUCCACUGCCAGUCAAGACCUUUACCAUAACCUUACUGUCCCAUUUGCACAUGCUCCAUCUCCAUGAGUAGGCGUCAACGCGUAUUGAAAUGGUUACACCACUCUCUGUCCUUGUGUGGAUUUCUCAUGUCACUCAUUUUAAAGCACUAGGCGUACACUUUGAAGCCCGCCGCUGCCAUUUUUAGUCUCUUACAUAUUCUUGUGCAUUGGCAAGUAUAGAAUAGCAGGUGUCUUAGUGACCAGCGUCAUAUCAUCGUGUUGCCACAGCUUUACAGAAAAAAAAAGAGCUGUGAUAGCAAAAAUAAAAAGAUUUGUGGCAUGUAUAUGUGCUUCCUGGACAAGUUGUUACACGUGGUUAGUUCAUGAUAUGUCCGAUUUCUAUAUCUUUGACGGUCUAAAACAAAACAAAAAUUUGCGCUGAUUCCGCACAAUCAGCUGAUGUAUUAACAGCAAAAGAUACAGCACAAGGGGGGUGAAAGUGUUGGUUAGAGAAGGUGGUCGAGACAGCAGAGGCAUUGAACCACCCAUGACUGAAGUGUCCGAUGGAUUCGACGGCGGCCAAGUGGUUCUCUUUUGCACUCUGCGUAUUAUAGAUGCUAUAUACUUGCCAACCUUCAUGAUUUCAUAAAACAAAAGAUGUCAGCUUUAGAGCUUUUUUACUAUUAGCUUCACUUGCACUUGGUCCGAGGCUAAGCCCAUGAAGAAGCAUUAUAGCUAAAGCCACUAAGCAAUUUUUUAGUGCCAAAUUUCAGACACUCCUUGAUUCGGCAUUUGGGCAUAGCCAUCUGCACAUUUUAUGCCUGUUAGAGCACCAACGAAGUCCCGAGAAGCAACCAGUGUUGGAAGUUUUUGUGCUCGCUGCUGACAGACAAAUGCAUAGUAAUACCUACGAGUGACACUUGAAUGUUUUGCUCAUUGUGGUAUUUUUUUUUAAGGUGAGCUUGCAUGAUAUUGUUGCACAUGAACAUUGUUGUUUCUUAAGCACAAGAACCUUUUGCCCUCCACUGCUGACAGUGCUGAUGGAACAUUGGCAAGUUUGAUAGUUAAUCUGGCCAGAACAUCAGGACUAUCUUCGUAUGCAGGUAUAAGCUCUGUUGAUAAUGGCAAUGUUUUGGCGAUCUGGCAAGUAGGGUGUUCACUAUCUUGCACAAUAAUGAUGCCAGCUUGUAGAACCAAACAAAGAUGUUAGCCUCCAUCACAGAUAUUUCAUGAAUACACUUCAUUAACUUCAUUGACGACUUGGUUUGUCUUGCUGCAACCAAGGACUCUGGUUAACUCUGCACUUAACUAGUUAUUAAGAAAAAAAAGGUUCACAGACAACAGCCAACACCCGCCACUUUUUUGGGUCUAACAACUUUCGCGAUGUAGGAAAUUUGCCACUGGUAGGCUGGCUGUUGCAAGUCUGCUGGUAAUGUCUUUAUGUAAAUAACGUAUGCCUGAUUGGGCUUGAAAUUAUCGGUACGGGCAGAACUGACGGCCAUAGAAAUGAUGCUAGGGUCUUUUGAGUGUUUGGCUGGCAUCUAAUUUGUGCAUAUGCCUGGUUUGUUAGUACCCUUGGUGACCUGGCUGGGUUACUUUAUUAGCGGGCAGAAAAUUCUGAAAUGAAAAAUGCACUGUCAAGAUUACAUUAUGUACACAAUGUGACAAUUUGACAACGCUAUACAGUCGAAAACCGCAAUAACGAAAGCCCGCGAGUACAAAAGCCCCGCGGUAACGAAAU